AUGCCUCCACCACCACCCCGGCACCGGGCCGGAGAUCCCAACCCCAACCCCACGCCCGCCGCCUCACAUUCCGGCAUGGUCAGGCUCCUCGCCGACCUCCUCCACCACACCGCGCCCUCCGCCUGGCCGCCGGCGCUCGCGGCGCCGCUGCUCCGCAGCUGCCUCGCCCCGGCGCACGUCUCCUCGCUCCUCCUCUUGCCGGCCUCUCUUUCCCGGCCGGACCUCUCCCGCCGCUUCCUCCUCCUGCUCCCUCCCCACCUCGUCUCCCCGCUCUGCCUCUCCCUCCUCGCGCUCUCCUUCAUCUCCGCCCCUGCCUCGCCGCCCCGCUCCCCGCACGCCGCCUCCCUCCUGCUCUCCCUCGCGUCCUCCUCCCCGUCCGCCUCCACCUCCUUCUCCUCCCUCUCCCACGCCUCCUCCCUCUCCCCCUUCCCGCCUGGCGCCACCGCCGCCGCCGCCUCGCUUCUCGCCUCCUCCUACCUCCGCCUCCGCCGCGCCCGCGACGCGGCCACCGUCCUUCACCUGUCCCUGGCCGCCGGCAUCGCUCCCAACCAGUACACGGCUUCCCACAUACUGUUUUCUCUUGUCAAGAUUCGUCAGUUCACCCUUGCCCGUGCCCUGUUCGAUGAAAUGCUUCACUCUGGUGCUCGCCUGGAUGAGCAUGUUUACACGGCUGGGAUUCGGGCUUACUGCGAGGCCAGAAACCUUGACGGUGCCAAGGGGCUUCUGGCAAGGAUGCAUCAUGAGGGGGUCAAGGUCAGUGUGGUGCCGUACAAUGUAUUGAUCUACGGAUUGUGCAGGAAUCAUCGCAUUCAGGAGGCAGUGGAGGUAAAGAACAGCAUGGUGGCCAGAGGAAUCAAAGCUGACGAAGUGACUUACCGUACGCUCGUGUAUGGGUUUUGUCGGGCGGAGGAGCUGGAAAUGGCAUUGAGAAUGACAUAUGACAUGGCCAGGCUGGGGUAUGUGCCAUCAGAGGCCAAUUGCUCAUUUAUGCUUGAUGGGCUACGAAAGAGGGGGGAUGUUCGGGAGGCUUUCAGGUUAGCUUGUCAGUUAGGUGAGUCGGGCAUGGUGCCGAACAUAUUUGCAUAUAAUGCAUUGCUUGAUAACCUGUGCAAGAGCGGUAUGUUUUGUGAGGCAGAUCGGCUUUUCAGUGAGAUGGCAGACAGGGGUCUGGAGCCAAAUGAGGUGACUUAUCCUAUAUUGAUACAUUCACUUUCGAAAAGGGGGAUGAUGGAGGAUGCACUUGACAUGUUCGAUAGGAUGAGGGAGAAGGGUGUCAGAGUGACAGUCUAUCCGUACAAUUCCUUGAUUAAUGGUUUCUGCAAACAGGAUGAUUUAGACAUGGCGAUGGGUUUCCUGAGUGAGAUGACUGAGAUUGGAGUGACACCGAAUGCAGCUUCAUAUUCUCCACUCAUUGCUGGUUUCUGUAGAAAAGGGGAUCUGUCCAGUGCCAUGGAACUCCACCGGGAGAUGGCUGAGAAGGGUGUUGCAUGGAACACUUAUACGUUCACAGCACUUAUCAAUGGUUUUUGCAAGGACAAAAAGAUGGAUGAAGCUUCUCGGUUGUUUAAUAAGAUGAUUGACAGCAACCUAGUACCAAAUGAAGCAACUUAUAAUGUCAUGAUAGAAGGGUAUUGCCUGGUAGGCAAUAUAAGAAAGGCAUUCCAGUUAUAUGAUCAAAUGGUGGAUAGGGGCCUCACACCUGACAAUUACACGUAUAGACCAUUGAUAAGUGGAUUAUGCUUGACCAGUGGAGCGUCAAAAGCAAAGGAAUUUGUUGCUGACCUAGAAAACAACUGCCCACUGAACAAAUUUAGCCUAACCGCACUUAUGCAUGGAUUGUGCAGAGAAGGAAGGUUGACUGAAGCAUACCAUGUCUGGAAUGAGAUGGCAAUGCAGGGAGUCAAUCUUGAUCUUGUCAGCUUUACCAUUAUUCUGUAUACAGCCUUGAAGCAGAAUGAUACAGAAAAAUCAUGCGUGUUAUUGAAGGAGAUGACAGAAAAAUGUGUCAGGCUAGACACUGUGUUCCAUACAUGCAUGAUUGACAUGCACUCAAAAGAAGGAAAUAUGGUCCAAGCUUUAAACUGUUGGGAUAACAUGAUUGCUGAUGGCUGCUUUCCAAAUACCGUCACAUAUACAGUUUUAGUAAAUAACCUCUGCAAGUCAGGGCAUUUGAGCAGCGCAGAGGUCCUCUGUAAAGAAAUGUUAUCCAGUCAGUUCCUUCCUAACAAUUAUACUUAUAAUUGUUUUCUUGAUUGUUUUACAACUGAAGGUAAACUGGAGAAAGCUAAAGAUCUUUAUUUCGCCAUGCUUCGAGGCUCUCUUGCUAACAUAGUGACAGUUAACACAUUGAUCAAGGGGUUAUGUAAGGUUGGGCAGAUUCAAGAAGCAAUUGACCUUAUUAGUAAGUGUACUGAAAAAGGUCUUUUUCCUGAUUGCAUUAGCUAUUCUACAGUAAUACAUGAGCUCUGCAAGAAGGGUGAUACAAAUAAAGCGUUUGAGCUUUGGAAUGAAAUGCUGUACAAGGGAUUGAAGCCUGACAUUGUAGCAUACAAUAUUUUGAUAAGGUGGUGCAAUGUUAAUGGUGAACUUGAGAAGGGUUUGGGAAUAUACAAUGAUAUGAUUAAGAAAGGGGUGCAACCGAACUGGCGCACAUAUAAAGCUCUUUUCUUAGGAACUUCUCUGUUGACCAGCAAGCGAGAUACUAUACUGCUGAACACCUGA